AUGCAUUCCAAAUCGAAAAAAAAUACUAGACUAGGAAAAGCAAUCAUAAGGGAUAGAUUUAAAGGGAACACUAAACCAAAAAAUGGAGAUACAUGUUUGCAUACAACGGAGUUAAAUGAUGGAGCCAGUUGGACAAAAUUACAAUCGGUAACUCAACAACGAGAUUUAGAUGCAUUUCUGAGUACAGCUCAAUUGGCGGGAACACAAUUCACUGCCGAAAGGUUAAAUAUCAAAGUAGUUACCAACAACUAUCAAAAUCCUUUCCUCCCCAGUGCUGAUAAAGAAAAAGAAAUAUUGUUAAAACAUGAAGCCAAUGUGGAAAGACUUGUUAUCCCUCGGAGGCCAAAAUGGGAUAAAUCCACUACGUCUGAACAAUUGGAACAAAAUGAAAGAAAUUCCUUUUUACAAUGGAGACGAGAUCUUGCAUUCCUCGAAGAACACGAAGAAAUUAUUCUAACACCAUUCGAACGUAAUCUUGAAGUAUGGAGACAAUUAUGGCGUGUAAUUGAACGUUCACAUUUGAUUGCACAAAUUGUUGAUGCUAGAAAUCCGUUAUUCUUUCGAUCUACGGAUUUGGAAAAAUACGUCAAAGAAGUAAAUGAUAAAAAGAAAAAUUUACUUUUAAUUAACAAAGCAGAUUUGUUGACGAUUAAUCAACGACGAGCUUGGGCAGAUUAUUUAGAAAGCAAAGGAAUUAAAUACAUAUUUUAUUCGGCACUUGAGAGCGUAAAUUCAAAACAGGAAGUUGAUAAAUGCAAAGAAGAGAAGGCAACAGAAGAGUUGUCAUCUCUCUUAAUAACUUUAAUAACUGAGACUAAAGAGCAAGCUGAUCCGAAUCAUAAAUUAACGAUUGGUCUGGUGGGUUAUCCAAAUGUUGGUAAAUCCUCCAUUAUAAAUUCACUUCUCGGAGAAAAACGUGUAUCUGUUUCGUCAACUCCUGGAAAAACAAAGCAUUUCCAAACCAUAAAUCUUUCUUCAUCAUUGAUCUUGUGUGAUUGUCCUGGAUUAGUUCUUCCUAAUUUCGCAAUUACAAAUGCCGAUAUGAUUUGUAAUGGAGUUUUACCUAUUGAUCAAAUGAGAGAAUACACAGGACCUGUUGCACUUGUGGCUCAACGAAUACCUAAACGUAUCCUUGAAGCAAUAUAUGGAAUAAACAUUAAAAUCAAAUCAAUCGAUGAAGGAGGUACUGGAAUUCCAACUGCUGAAGAAUUAUUGAUCGCCUAUGCAACUGCUCGAGGAUUUUUCGAAUCAGGACAUGGUAAUCCUGAUCAAGCACGAUCAGCAAGAUAUAUAUUAAAGGAUUAUGGCAAACUUCCUUUUUGUCAUCCACCGCCAUCAAUUGAAAUAUCAAAUGUUGAAUUUAAUUCCGUUUUACAUGACAUAAAGUUGUAUAUUAAAACAAAAAAGAAUAAUCCGAAUUCUAAUAGUAAUAUUGAGAAUUUAAAUUCAGUUGAUGCUCCAAUUAUUGGCGAAAAAUCAAAAAUUUUAGAUGAUUUAUUUUUUAAUAAACAAAAUUCUGGACCAAAGAUUAAAGGCAAAUUCUCUUUUAUGGGUGAAUUCAAUAGAGUACAAAUAUAUCCAACUAAUGCUAUAAAUGAUAAUUCCAAUAAUCCAAUGAUGUCUAUUUCUUUAGGAAAAAAGCAUUAUAAAAAAAACAAAAAGAAUAAAAAAUGUGAAACACAGGGCUAUAAUAUUUAA